CAAAAACACGCGCACUCUCUCCCACCUCUCGAAAUUUUCUACUAUAAAAUUUAUCCAAAAUUUUCAUUUAUUCUUCAUUGAAAAUAAUCGGUUGAAUUGGAUCUAAAAAAAUGGCGGAGGACAAGUACAAUCUGAAAAACCCUGCGGUGAAGAGGAUUUUGCAGGAGGUCAAAGAGAUGCAUUCCAAUCCUUCCGAUGAUUUCAUGAGCCUACCUCUCGAGGAAAAUAUAUUCGAAUGGCAAUUUGCUAUUAGGGGACCCCAAGAUACGGAAUUUGAGGGAGGAAUAUACCACGGAAGGAUCCAGUUGCCCGCUGAAUAUCCUUUCAAGCCUCCUUCAUUUAUGCUGUUGACGCCAAAUGGUCGAUUUGAAACUCAAACCAAGAUAUGCUUGAGCAUUUCAAAUCAUCAUCCUGAGCACUGGCAACCAUCCUGGAGUGUUCGGACUGCUUUAGUAGCACUGAUUGCAUUUCUGCCCACCAACCCAAAUGGUGCACUGGGAUCCUUAGACUAUCCAAAGGAAGAAAGGCGAUCGUUAGCAAUUAAAUCUCGUGAAGCUGGCCCAAAGUUUGGUUCUUCUGAACGCCAAAGGCUUAUUGAUGAGAUUCACGAAUAUAUGCUAAGCAGGGCACCUGGAGUUCCUCAAGAAAACACUACAAAGGUUUCUGAAGUUCCAAAUGAUAACAAAGAGUGUGGAAGUCAGGGGAGUGCUCGAAGCUCUUCUCCUGAGAUCGUUGAGGAAGUGCUUCCAAAUCCGGCCGUAGAUGAUGGUACUGUUGGAGAACUAAACGAAACAUCUUCAAAUGGAAAUGCUGUUCAGACAUCAGAACCUGUUUCUGUCAUGUACGCUACUGAGCAGCAGCUGGUGCAUAAGCCAGAAGCCGGACAUUCCAAGAGGGCUGAUGACCGCUUCUUCACAUAUGCAGCUGUUGGACUUACCAUGGCCAUCAUCGUUCUUCUUUUGAAGAAGUUUAUGAAAGCUAAUGGUUAUGGCACUUUCUUCAUGGAUGAGUCUUAAACAAUGGUAAAUAGGAUUUGAAUAUGUAUAAAUGUAAUAGCUGUACGAGUGGGAGGGGUAUAUACUCCAAAUUGCGGAGCAAAUGCAAAAUUCUGUAAUUGGAUCAAUUACUCGAGUUAUUUCGGCUUGAAUCUUAUUUCAUUGUAAUAUCAAAUAUGGACACGUAUAUAUAACUUUUUCUAUUUUUC